AUGACUCUCAGCAACAAUGUUAUGGCAUUCCUCAGCCGUUCCAAGUCAAUGUUAUUGAUGUGCACUUUAGCCGUGCUGCUGGUUUCGAAUUGUUUUGCAAAACCGUUGGUAAUCGAAGGCGAUCGGAGAUCACUCGAGAUCUUGUUAAGGUUGGUUUUUGUUCGUUUUAUGCUUUUUAAAAUAUAAAAAUUUUAAAAUAUGCACAGUAGGGCUUGCAAGACAUGAUAGGGCUUACAGGAAAUGAUAGGAUAUAAGGCAUGUUAGGAUAUAGUUAUAAGGCACGAUAAGUUUGGGUAGGGUAUGGUGGAAUAUAAGGUAUGUAAGGUAGGAUAAGAUACUGUAGGAUGAGUUUAGAGUAAAGUAAGAUGAAGUAAGGUAAGGUAGGGUAGGGUAAGGUAAGGUAGGGUAGCUACAGUACCCACAAUUUAAACUUGCAAAGCUCAAUUUCAACGAAAAUGUUUGAUUAAACCGGUCAAAACAAACCGACUGAUAACAAAUUUUACUUCGAAAUUGCCUUAAGGCAAGAAGAACGGAAACUGCAUAUUUAAACGUAGUUUAAAGUUAUUCAAAAUUAUUAAAUUCCAAUCGUAAUAAAAUUAGCUAUCAAAACAUGAUACAUUGUGUUAUCACAUGGUUAAAAUGGCAUUUUAAGUGUUUUUUUAAUUCUGUGGUAUUUUUGAAAUUUUAAUUAAGGGACACAUAAGAAAAUUUAAAAUUUUUUAAGGUUGUUGUUGGUAAGGUUGACCAUAGAUUAUUAUUAUCUCAUACCACGCAGUAAAAGCCAAUAUAAGCCUAAAUAUGAAGAGUAAAAGCCAAUAUAAGCGUAGAUACUAACAGUAAAACUCAAUACAAACCUAUACAUCAAUAUAACCCUGACUUUCUUUCAGAGCAGUAGACAACGAGCUAGAAGUACCAUACGCAGACGACCUAUCGCGAGCUCGUCGUGCAGUAAAAGCAGUACCACAAGAUAAAAGAGCAGAGUUAUUGGCUUAUGACAAGAAGAGCUACCCAAGGAUAUGUUACUUUAGCCCAAUCCAAUGUUUGUUCACUCGAAUGAGCCUCAAGAAGUAG